AAUUAUUCCCCCUUUGCUGUUGUAAUUAACUCCACUCUUCUGGGAAGGCUUCCCACUAGGUUUUGGGGCGUGUCUGUGGGGAUUUGUGUUUAUUCAGCUACAAGAGCGUUAGUGAGGUCAGAUACUUUAAUUAUAAUAAUAAAUUGGGGAAAACCUAAGCGGAACUAAUUUUGUAGCUUUCGUUGCACCCCGGACUCAUUACCAAGUCGGACUCGAUGGAGGCUCCUGUGCAGAACGUGAAAAGCGUGAGAAGAUCCAAAGAGGAUAAAAAACUGGUGAAGAGACAAAUAAAAGCUUCUCACGCACUGCUGAAGCAUGAAGGCAUCACCACCGCGUCCCAGCCCACUCAGUGUGUGGUGGUGUGUAAUGGAGGUUUAGGGAACGGUGUGAGCAGGGAGCUGCUGAUGGCGGUGCUGACUGAAGGUGGCGCAGUGGAGUCUCUCCUCAUGCCCCCUAAUAAACCCUACAGUUUCGCCACGUUCGCGUCACUGCAGGAGAGUCAGAGCGCUCACACACUGUGUAACGGCCGCGUGCUGGAGUGUAACGGGCAUCACAUCACUCUGUACUGCAGCUACGUCCUACCAGUGGAUAGAGGAGAGUGUGAGAGUGUGUCUCUCCCCCCCGGUCUCUGUGUGUUGGAGGACUUUGUGUCUCCAGAAGAAGAGUCUCGGUUGCUGCAGGCUGUGGAUUGGACGUCACAUAAUGAUGAUGUCACAGCACAGCGAGAACUGAAGCACCGCAGAGUGAAGCAUUAUGGGUACGAAUUUCGCUACGACAACAACAACGUGGACAAAGACAAACCGCUGCCCAACGGUCUGCCGUUGGUGUGUGACACUCUGCUGCAGAGGUGUGUGUGUGACGGCCACAUCAGCGUCCUUCCUGAUCAGCUCACAGUCAACCAGUACGAAAGUGGACAAGGAAUCCCCCCGCAUGUGGACACACACUCUGCGUUUGAGGACACCAUCCUGUCUCUCAGUCUGGGAGCGAAGACUGUAAUGGAUUUCCGUCACCCUGACGGUCGCUCCGUUGCCGUGGUUUUACCACCGAGGAGUCUGUUAGUGAUGAAGGGUGAGAGUCGGUACCUCUGGACUCAUGGUAUAACACCCAGGAAGUUUGAUGUGGUGCCUGCCUCAACAGCUGAGAGGUCAUGGGUUGUGAACUUUAACCCCAGCGAUCUGACUUUGAACCAGCGUGGCACAAGGACGUCGUUUACCUUCCGCAAAAUCCGAUACACACCCUGCGACUGUGCGUACCCAUCAGUGUGUGACAGCCAGCGCCCCCCCUCCCCACCUUGUCUCCCGGUUGCUCGUAGCGACGCAUGCCAGUUAGAGGAGCGGUACGUUCACCAUGUGUAUGAGGAAAUCUCCGCCCAUUUCAGCAGCACUCGCCAUGCUCCCUGGCCACGCGUCCGCGACUUCCUGCUCUCGUUGCCGAACGACGCCAUCAUGGCCGACAUCGGCUGUGGCAAUGGCAAAUACCUGGGAAUCAACCCUCAGGUGUUCUCGCUGGGCUGUGACCGCAGCGUGAACCUGGUGUCGAUCUGCGCUGAGCGAGGUUUCCACGCGGUGGUGUGUGACGCCCUGUCCGUCCCCCUGCGCAGCUCCGCCUUCGACGCCGUCAUCUCCAUCGCCGUCAUCCAUCAUUUCUCCACACAGGAGAGAAGAUUGGCUGCCGUUACAGAGCUGGUGCGUCUCCUGAAGGUCGGAGGUCGUGCCCUGAUCUAUGUGUGGGCAAUGGAGCAGGAAUACAAGAACCAAAAAUCCAAAUAUCUCAAAACUAACAAGAACAUGGAGAACCAGGACAUCAUGGAGAACAUGGAGAACCAGGAGAACAUCGAGAACCAGGAGAACAUGGAACCAAAAACAUCUAAAGAGAACACUGAACGCAGAAACGACCUGGAUGAAACCGAAAGUGAGGCGAGUGUGAGGCAGGUGCAUGCUGGGAACGCGAGCUCAAACCCGGCUGACGCCGAGGAGGACUGUGGGAAGGAGACCUCGCCCAGAUUGAGCAUUCACACCAAUCGCACGGCGUUCGUGUCUCAGGAUCUCCUCGUCCCGUGGCAUCUGAAAGGUGAAGUGAAGGCGAGUCCUGGUGCUGUGUUCCACCGCUUUUAUCACGUGUUCCAGCGUGGAGAGUUGGAGGAUCUGUGUGUGUCCGUCAGCGGGGUGGAGGUGCAGCAGAGCUACUACGACCAGGGCAACUGGUGCGUCGUCCUGCGGAAAACACACCAACAACAACAAUAACUCCUCCUAACACUGCGGAACACACACCGCCUCGACCUCCGGAGAAACCACUCACAGCGCUGUGACCUUUACUGAAACACCUGGCUGUAAACAAACUCAAACAUUUCGUCUUAAAGAUGAAUUCUACUUGUUAAAUUAUUGUACUUUUAAAUGUUUAUAUAAUAAAAUAUGACUGC